AUGGCCAGCGUCGACGAGACCGUUGCCAAUGUGCAGCGCAAGAUUGACCGGGAGAAGGCCCUGAUCAACGCCGCCAAUGCCAUGCGCCAGUCGACUAACAAUCCCGCCGUGCUCUCGCGCUUGGACGGCCAGAUCAAGGAUGGCCGCCGCAACAUCGAGUACUUCGAGUCGAAGCUCAGAGACUUGGACUUGCAGCGCACAUCGUCUGGCAUGGACAACAUGAGCUUGCAGCCAGGGGCGCGCAAGGCGAACAACCCGCUGACGCCUCCCCCCAAAGACGGCUGGAAUGAAUAUAUGCAACAAGAUCAGGGCGGCUAUGGCGCGCCCCAGAGCCAGUACAGCAACCUCAGCGGGGGGGACGGCUUGAUGCCUCCACGCGCGCCAUAUGCUCAACCAGCGCCUGGCACGGCCAACAAGCGUCCAAAUUUCAGCAAGCUCGACCUUAUCAAAUAUGAUACCCCGCAUCUCGGCCCCCGCAUCCAGCUUAUGCUGUCCCAGCUCGAGUUCAAGCUCAGCGUCGAGAAGCAGUACAAGGAUGGGAUUGAGAAGAUGGUGCGGCUAUACCAGAUGGAGGGUGACCGCAAGAGCAAGCAGGAUGCAGAGGCCAAGCGCAUUGAGAGUAACCAGAAGAUCCAGCUGUUGAAGCAUUCGCUGAAGCGCUACGAGGAUCUUCAUGUUGACAUUGGAGAGGACGGAGGCGAUGAUGAUAGUCUGAACAUACCCAGUCAGAGGAAACCGCUGAGCGGCCACCUUUCGCUGCGCAUCCACUCAGUUGCCGACGUCGACCACGCAGCCACUGGUAGAUUCAGUCGCGGCCCGGAGACUUUUGUCAACAUCAAGGUCGAGGACACGAUCAAAGGCCGCACCAAACCAACGAGGAAUGAUCGCUGGACGGACGAAUCGCACGAAUUCAGCAUCGACAAGGCCAACGAAAUCGAGAUCACGGUAUACGAUAAGACUGGUGAUCAUCUGCUCCCCAUCGGCAUGCUUUGGGUUCGUAUAUCAGACAUUGCCGAGGAGAUGCGCCGAAAGAAGAUCGAAACUGAGCUCCAGAACUCCGGAUGGGUGUCAGCUGACAAGAUGGGAGGCCAGGCCGGUGGUAUCCAGCCUGACCUCCAAUUCCAACCGCCCCCUGGACAGGGCUUUGCCGGAGCUGGAGGUCCUGCGCCUGGUGGUAUGAGACCUCAGGGUGGUCCACAGCCUCAGACAGGCCCUGUCCUGAUUGACGAUUGGUUCUCCCUGGAGCCAGUUGGCCGAAUCCACCUUACCCUGUCUUUCGCAAAAUUCACGGGAAACAAACAGCCAUUCGACCUUGGUCUUGGUCGAAAAGGUGCCGUUCGUCAACGUAAAGAGGAUGUCGUGGAGCAGUACGGACACAAGUUUGUGCAACAGCAGUUCUACAACGUCAUGCGCUGCGCUCUCUGCGGCGAAUUCCUCAAGUACGCUGCCGGUAUGCAGUGUUCUGACUGCAAUUACACAUGUCACAAGAAGUGCUACCCCAAGGUGGUAACCAAAUGUAUCACGCAGUCAAAUGCCGAAACCGAUCCGGACGAAGCGAAGCUCAAUCACCGCAUUCCGCAUCGAUUCGAGAACUUCUCCAACAUGGGCGCCAAUUGGUGUUGUCAUUGUGGCUAUAUACUUCCCUUUGGUCGGAAGCAAACCAAAAAAUGCACAGAAUGCAGUCUCACAUGUCACGCUCACUGUGUUCAUUUUGUCCCAGACUUCUGUGGCAUGUCAAUGGAGGUGGCUAAUCAGAUAUUGAUGGAAAUUAAGCGGACAAGAAGAGGACAGUCUGCAUCAGGGUCAGGCAUGGCCCAACGCACCCUACGGCCACAGUCAGCUAAGCCUCUACCGCCGACACAGUCCCCGUAUCCAGCCCAGCCUGGCCAGGAACAGCAAUCGCAACCAGACCGAUACUCUUAUGGUAAAGACCAAAUGAGUCCUCCACCUGGGCCGCCACGCCAACCCUCGUACCCCACAUCAGCAGCAUCAGUCGAUGCGGCGCGCGUCUCCUAUUCGACGUCAAGCUCAACCCCUGCUCCGACAUCUCCCACGGCCCAGUCGAGACCCUCUUCAGGCCCACGGACUCAGUCUUCCGUAGCUGCUGCGCAGGCUGCCAUGAAUAAGACCGCCACUCCUACGUAUGGACGCAGUAAUACAGACUACCAACCCCAGAGUGGGAGGUCAUCUGGGAGUGGCUACCCAGCAGAUCAACGGAUACCACAGCAGCAAGCUCCUCAGCAAGCUCCUCAACAAGCUCCGUAUGACCCUGGGGCUUAUGCAAAUAUCCCAAGUUACCCGCAAAGCCACCCAAGUCAUCAGCAGCCGGCACCCAUGCCGUCGUAUCCCCAAAAGUCAUCCUACCCUCUACCGCAACCACCACCGCAAGCUCAGCCGCAGCACCAAUCGCAAUCGCUUUCUCAACAACCGGAGACAAAGCAACAGCAGCCCCCCUUAAAACAGCCUCCAUCUGGUACUGUAAUCAAAGCCCCCGAUAACAAGGUUACUCCUCCGGCGAACACCCAAGGUACAGGAAAGAGAAUCGGCUUGGAUCAUUUCAACUUCCUUGCAGUCCUCGGCAAGGGUAACUUUGGAAAGGUCAUGCUGGCUGAGACAAAAAGUACGAAGCAGCUCUAUGCCAUCAAGGUGCUGAAGAAAGAAUUCAUUAUCGAGAAUGACGAAGUGGAGAGCACGCGUUCGGAGAAGAGGGUUUUCUUGAUUGCGAACAAGGAGAGACAUCCAUUCCUUCUCAGCUUGCAUGCUUGUUUCCAGACCGAGACCAGAGUAUACUUUGUCAUGGAGUACAUUAGUGGUGGUGACUUGAUGUUGCACAUUCAAAGGGGUCAAUUUGGCACCAAGCGUGCUCAGUUUUAUGCUGCAGAGGUUUGUCUCGCGCUGAAGUACUUCCACGAGAACGGUGUCAUCUAUCGAGAUUUGAAGCUUGACAAUAUUCUGCUUACCCUUGAUGGGCAUAUCAAGAUUGCGGAUUACGGUUUGUGCAAGGAAGAAAUGUGGUAUGGGUCAACGACAAGCACAUUCUGUGGUACGCCCGAAUUCAUGGCACCAGAGAUCCUUCUCGACAAGAAGUAUGGCCGUGCCGUCGAUUGGUGGGCAUUUGGUGUCCUCAUCUACCAGAUGCUCUUGCAACAGUCACCGUUCCGCGGUGAAGAUGAGGACGAGAUCUACGACGCUAUUCUCGCCGAUGAGCCUCUCUACCCCAUCCACAUGCCCCGCGACUCCGUGUCAAUCCUCCAGAAGCUACUGACCCGUGAGCCCGAAAUGCGUCUCGGUUCAGGUCCCACUGAUGCGCAAGAGAUCAUGUCCCACGCAUUCUUUAGGAACAUUAACUGGGACGAUAUCUAUAACAAGAGGGUUCCGGCGCCUUUCAUUCCGCAGAUCACUAGUCCGACGGAUACUAGCAAUUUCGAUACGGAAUUCACGAGCGUGACGCCGGUUCUUACGCCUGUGCAAUCCGUACUCUCCCAAGCGAUGCAAGAAGAGUUCCGCGGCUUCUCUUACUCGGCCGAUUUCAACUAA